AUGGAACGCCAGAGCCCAGUAUAUCUCGCUCCAGCCUCAGGCGAAGCAGCUAUACGAGAGCUGGAGCGCCUGCUGCAUGAUCUGGAAGACAAUCUCGAUACUCUGAAACUCUCCCUCAAACAGCAACAAGAUGCCCUGGGUGAAGUCAAAGCUUUUGGCCGCAACCCUCAAACCGCACGCCCUAUCUUCACAAAACAGGCCAUCUCAACGCUGUGCAGGUAUGGCUUUGAUCGCCCAGAAUCUACGGAGGCUGCUCGCGAAGCGCUUCGAUGCUUGGCAAAUGCCUUCUUGCUGCAUGAACCCUCCAGGCAGACCUUCGUCGACCUUGGAUAUGGACCCAAGGCGGCUGAACGACUAAAAUUGGACGACUACGAGGAUGAAUUCCUUAUAUCACGCAUCUUGUUCUUCCUGACCUAUAAUACCACGCUCGAUUUUGAGGCACUCAUGAGCCAGAAUGACCUGGCCCAGAGCAUAAAUCAAAUCUUCUCUCAUCACGCAGAGUACUAUUCAGGCUUGGACAUCAUACAAUCGCCGAAAUUUACGCAGCAGCAGCUAGCAAUGAGCGAAACGUUGAAGCUGCUAUUUAAUAUCACAUAUCAUUAUCCGGAUUCGCUGCCAAAGUUCGACCCCGCCGUCGAGUCGCUGGUCACGAUCGUUCUUCGACACCCUCUGCCAGAGCCUCCUCUCCAACCUCCGACAAGCUACCUAUUGAACGCCUUACUUAACCUCGAUAUUCGCGCUGUCGGAAAGGGAACGCAAUCUGGUCACGGACCCAAGGCGAGUGCGGCUUCGGAAAGCCCUGACCUGGAACCUCUUGUCAAUAGACUUAUUCACAUCCUCGACGCUGCCGUCUGCAACCAUCCCGAAGAGACACUGGACCAGGCUGCAGCAUCGUUGUUUACCCUCUUGAGACGUUUGUACGAGCUUGCGACACCACGCACGAAAGCUGUCAUGCGUACCCAAAUUCUGCCUAAUGCGCAAGAUCGCGACCAGCCACUUGGGAAAGGAGGGUCAUUGUCCUCCCGUCUACUGCGCCUAUCUUGCUCACCUAAGCUACCCACUCUCCGGAGCAACAUCUCUGCGCUGCUGUUCGAAAUGAGCGAAAAGGAUCCCGGCAAAUUCGUCCAGAAUAUUGGCUAUGGAUAUGCUUCUGGAUUCUUGAUGAGUCAAAACAUCGAAGUACCGCCGAGUGCAUUGGAGGCCAACGCCUCAUCGAACGGGGAAAACGUCGCCCAUGUCAAUCCAGUGACUGGUCAGCGCUGGGCGGCGGAAGAGCGCGAUGCUUCGAGCACAUUGCCCAUGACUGAAGAGGAAAAGGAGCGAGAAGCUGAGAGGCUGUUUGUGCUGUUUGAAAGACUCAAAGCGACUGGAGUUGUGAAUGUUCAAAACCCAGUUGAGAGGAGGUUCGAAGAGAUUGAUUGAGUCAGCAUUGGGUUGAUCGCGUCCAGCGCGCAUGAUGAUGAUGAGACAUCUCCUUCUCGCGAACCUUGCCACAUCGCUCGCACUUCUAGCGAGCGGCAGAUUCGAUGAGCUGAGCCUUGCCUCUCCUGGUUACCCUUGAAGUCAGCAAGGGGGAGGGCAUGACCCAGCAAAAGCUCGUCCGAAAGAGACAGACGGUAUUGAACUGAUCUUCAUAUGUAGUCAACCAUCUAAUGUAUCGCUAUAAAUCGCUUGAACGCUUUCGACUUCCUCAUGUGUCUUGAUGAUGGUGCUUUGUCUCUCAAGAAUGACCUUUGAACAGCGAACGAAUCAGCGAGGGCUCCUUUCGGGCCUUUGAUUUCGCAGUGUCGCUUUUGCUCCGCUUGCUGUAGCUGCUGCUCGCUUCACUCUUGGCCUUUUUCUUCCGUUCCUUCUUGUCCGAUUUGGACACGACGGGCUUGAAGUCAGCCUCUGUCAAUCUCCCUUCCUCGAUGAGAGUUCGUGUGGCAUUGGGCGUGAUGAACUCCCCAUCGACGCUGGUACCGAGAGAGCCAGCUCCCACAUCAGCGAUGCCACGUCGCCACUUCUCAAUAUGAUCCAGCUCACGCAACUCCUCCAUUUCCCCACUGGGGCUGUCUACAGGCUCUGCUGUGAGUGGCGCUUCCAACAAGCGUUCAGCUUCAUUCUUGGCUUGUAUUUUCUUGAUGAUUUUGUAACCACCAAAGGCUAUGAUGGUCACUCCGAUGCCUACGCCGGCGGCAAUUGCAAACUGGGGAGAUGCGAGCAGGGCGACGAUGGCGGGAAACGAGCCCUUCAUGGCAGUCAACGCACCCGGCGCCAUCUUGGCUGCAAUGUUGCUGAUCUCGGCAAGGGUCAAGGCGACCGCAGCGAGAGCAUCGGGGUUCUUCUGCAGGUUGUCGAUCAUGGCGGUGACGGAGUGCUGCACACAAUUGCCCUCGUCGAGCAGACGCUGCAGGUAGUUCAUCUUCUCUCUCAGCUCCACCUCAUCCUCCAACUUGUGUUCGGGAAGUGGUGGAGGGAGAUGGCCAUAGGCGAGGUCCAUGUCAAUGUCGUCCAGACUCGUGCGCGGCGGAGCAGUAGCAGCAGCAGCAGAAGCACGAGGGGAGCGAAGCUGCAUGCCAUCAGUGUGCCGACGUGUGAGCUCUCGGAUGCGAGGCUCGUCGGCGUCGUCGUCGACCAGGAACGCUCCAUGGCGCGGUGAGGGCCGAGCUGGUGGAGGAGACGCCGUGUCGUUGACAUAGAAGCUGUCCGAUAUACCACGCUUCACUGCUGGGCGCGUGGGAACUGGCUUUCUCUUGACGGCGCGCCCGUCGUCACUAGCCCCUGGCGAGCUGCGAACCGACUGCUGGACGUCGUGGUUGACAUGACCGUCGCCGUCGUCGUUCAGCACGAGGUCUUGCAGCUGCUUCUGAGCCCUGCGUUCCCGACUGCGAAUGUCCUGCUCGCUGCGCCGCUGCGCUUUGAUCUCUGCUUUUCGCUCGUUGUAGGCGCUCUUGGCUUCGGUGAACACGUUGACUAGAUGCUUCGAUGUGCUCACGAUUUUGCCGCCCUUGUUGACGAUGGUGAUGGUUUGGUUCACCGCGACCAUUUCGAUAUGGGAGGUACGCUUUUCGAGGUAGGUAUGCUAAGGUAUUGUAGGUAUGAUGUUGUAGGUAGGAUAUCGUAUCGUGUCGUGUCGGUUCGUUGGCCUUGUGUCGUCUGGUAUUGAUUGUAUCGUGCCCGUCUUUCCGUUUGCGUCGUAUGGUGUCGUAUGGUGUCGUGAAUCUGUCGUACCUUGUCGUUUUUUGUUCAUUCGUUCGGUCACUCGUAUGGUCGUGGGGGUCGUGAGAGUCGUGUACUGUAUAUCGCCAAUGUAGCAGUGGUGAAGACAGAGUCGGCGGGAGUAGGAGGACGGCAAGGCGUAGGAGGUAAUGUAGGUAAGUAAGUACGGUAAGUAUGCUGAGAUACCUACGGCUACACACAGGCAAGGUAAAGGUGGCGUAGGUAUGGUAGAAGUAGGAGGUUAGGGAUGCUGGUUGGCGAGCAACAAAGAGAAUCCAUCCUCGCUCUCUCCCUCUCUCUCUUUCUCUCUCUUUCAUUCAUCAUUCGUCG